AUGCACGAACUCCUCCUCUUCGGCACCGUCCCCGCCUCGCGGCACACCCAGCUCCUCAACAUCCUCUCCGGCAUCUCCUCCAUGCAACCCUCGCCCAUCCACUCGGAAAAACACCUCGUUUUCAAGCCCAACCGCCCGCCCGGAUCGGUUGGGUCUUUGAAAGUCGGCGGGGCGCAGGACGUGAAUGUGCAGAAGAGUCAGAUGCAGGCGCAUACGUUGGGGGAUUUGUUUUACAUGCAAAUGGUUGCUGAGGUGGAUGGGAGAGAGAAGGGCGAAGGGGAGGAACGAUGGGUUCUACAGUUCAGGGAUUUGCCAGAGGUUGCGAGGCAGAGAACUGUGACUUCAAGACUUAUUGCGGAUGUUCGAAUUACGUCUGGCGAUCCGAUGGAAUUCAUGAAAGCGCUGGACUACUCGCAUGUCUCAACCUACACUAUCUCAGGCCAUAGGUUCACCCAUCACUCAGCUUCUCUCCUCCUCUAUCGCGUCACUCUUCCGGCAGAUGCCCUUAAAACUGACUCGACAAGCGGCGGUCUGCCCCAAGCACGCCUACUUGACCCAUCAGGAACAUACAUAUUGCAAGCCUCAGUGCGGGUUCAAGAUGGUUCAAAGGUGGAAACAAUGACAAAAGGUGUGAAUGAGUUGCUUAGCUUGAAAGAAACCUUGAAAGGCGUCGUGGAGCUAGAGAUCGGUGACAGAUUGGCCUUAGAUACUAGAGUCAGAUAA